GCUUUUACGUCAGUCUGAAUUGGCGGCGCCCAAGGCUGAAUGCGAGUUCCAGAACAUGGGUUCUACUUUAUCCGAGCCCCUUGAGCCGCUCAAGAUCGCUGCGCCCCCCGAGGCCGCCUCACCCGCCACGCCUGCGCCCCCAGCUGCACCCGGAGAGCCCGAUUCUCCAGCACGAGCGCCCUUACUUAAUAACUGUUGGAGCUGUCGCUUGCUUUCCGGGUCGGGGCUGAUAGGGGCGGGCCUGUACGUGUACUGGGUGGCACGGAGGCCCAUGAAGCUGGGGUACGCCCCAGGUCCAGGGACUAUUACGCAGAUGGUCAUCGGCAUCAGCAUUGCUUCUUGGGGUAUAGUGGUCCUGACAGACCCCAAAGGGAAGGCCUAUCGCGUUGCUUGAAAGUACCACCAGUGAAUUUAUCAUCUGCCCCUGCCCGGGUGAUACAGAGCAAGCAUGGGGUUUAUGGACGUCUGUACAGACACAUGAACAUGGAUGGACUUCAGUACUACGGACACUAAAGACUGAAACAACACAACAUGAGUUGCCAUUCUUUGGCUGUUUGUGGCUUCUCGUGUUUCAUAGUCACCAAUAAAUCCCUCAGAUAAGAAAGUAGGGUCUGUGUCUUAACUGGGGAAGGAUAUAACUUAAAUUUUAUUUAAUCAUACGUGUUUACAGAAUAUAAUUUUAAUAUAAUUUUUAAAAAUUUGAAAAUGAAGGAAGAAAUAAACCUAUAGGAAGAUGAGCCGUUUUAUUAUUUUAAAUAAUCCCUUUUAUUUUUUUCCAUGAUUGUGUCAACAUCUGUUAUCAACCUAAUCCUGGCUAGGCACAUGGAAUGUUGUAUCUGUGUACUGCUUGUACUUUGCAAGGUGUUUGUAAAUCUAUAGUUUAUGAGAGCUUUAUAGAUAGUCUAAUUUGUUGUUUCUUUGGUGGUAAUCCUUAAAACACAAGCCCAAGUGAUUUGCCCAGUGUCAUUCAGCACCUCAGUAACAGAGCUAGGACUUGUGCUCAUCUAUGUUCUAGUCCCUCAGACUAGCAUGGUUCUAAGGAGGCGAGAGUUCCCUCCAUGCGAUAAUGAGGUGAUCAUAACCAUCAGCAUACCGUGAAAGACUUCAGUACCAAAAUAUUUGAGAGCCAAAAAAAAUUGUGUUCCACAAAUAUUGGAAGUGUUUAUUAUAGAAUUGAAAUGCAUUUGAGAUAAGGUGUUAACAUUAGUUCAUUUUUAAGAGAAGCCCCCGCCUGGUACCAGUUGUUUUUUCCUGAGAUACCAUGACUUCUCACACAGCCAGUUCUCAAGUUCAGCUGCUCCAAUGUGUAAGUUUUGAUUGACAUGUUAAACAGUCUUCAAGGUUGUUAUUUUUGGUAGUAUUAUUUAAAAGUGCCUAAAUAAAUUAAGUCUAACCAGUGA